CUGAGACAAAUACUAUUACAACUAACAGAAAGAAAACAGUUAAAAAAUCUUUUCUUAUUUUCAAAUUCUUCUAAAAAUUUUGCUUAUAUAUACCAUUUCACCAUAAACGCCGUUUUCUAAUCUGUGAUUUUUGUUUCCUUUGACCUUGGUCUCCCAAUUGUGGAACUCAACUCUUAUGGGGUUUUGUGGAAGUUCAGGAAUUAGUCACAAAGUGAUGGAAACCUUCUGUGUCAAGGAUAAAGAGAAGCGAAAUCAUGGAGUGACCGAGACCAAGAAGAUCAAAGGCACAGUGGUUUUAGUGAAGAAGAGCGUUUUGGAUUUCAAAGACGUCAAAGCCUCAUUGCUUGAUCGAAUCCAUGAGCUCUUUGGCAAAGGUGUUUCCAUGCAGCUUAUCAGCUCUGUUCAUCCAGACCCAGCAAAUGGGUUGAGAGGGAAGCUAGGAAAGGCAGCAUAUUUGGAGAAAUGGCUCGCAACCAUUACUCCAUUUACAGCCGGAGAAACUGUUUUCACUAUUUCAUUUGAUUGGGAUGAGGCCACUGGUGUUCCUGGGGCUUUGAUUGUCAGGAAUCAUCACCAUAGCGUCUUCUACCUCAAGACAAUCACUUUGGAAGAUGUUCCCGGCCAUGGUCGGGUGCAUUUCGUCUGCAAUUCCUGGGUAUACCCUGCUCAUCGUUACAAGUACAACCGCGUAUUUUUCUCAAACAAGACCUACCUGCCAAGUCAAACACCUGAAUUGCUACGCCAUUACAGGGAAGAAGAACUCACAAAUCUACGAGGAAAUGGAUCAGGAGAGCUAAAGGAAUGGGACAGAGUUUAUGACUAUGCUUACUACAAUGACCUAGGGAGUCCAGACAAGGGUCCGGAAUAUGAACGCCCUGUUCUUGGUGGAUCACAAGAGCAUCCCUAUCCCAGAAGAGGAAGAACUGGCAGAAAACCAACAAAAAAAGAUCCCAAGUGUGAGAGCAGAUUGGCACUUCUUAACCUAGACAUCUAUGUUCCAAGAGAUGAACGGUUUGGACAUGUGAAGUUUUCAGAUUUUCUAGCCUAUGCCCUGAAAUCACUGGUUCAAGUAUUGCUCCCUGAGCUUACGUCUUUAUGUGACAAAACUAUCAAUGAGUUUGACACCUUUGGAGAUGUACUUAAUAUAUAUGAAGGGGGUGUCAAGCUACCAAAUGGGCAAACACUUAAUAAAAUAAGACAGCACAUCCCUUGGGAGCUGCUUAGAGAACUCAUCCGUUCAGAUGGCGAGCGAUUCCUUAAGUUCCCAAUGCCUGAUGUGAUCAAAGAGAAUAGGUCUGCAUGGAGGACAGAUGAAGAGUUCGGACGAGAAAUGUUAGCAGGAGUUAAUCCCAUCAUCAUCCGUCGUCUCCAAGAAUUUCCCCCAUCCAGCAAGCUAGAUCCUAAAGAAUAUGGCAAUCAGAACAGUUCAAUAAGAGAAGAGCAUAUAGCAACAUACAUGAAUGGCCUCACUGUAGAUCAAGCAAUUCAAGACAACAAAUUGUUUAUUUUAGAUCAUCAUGAUGCAAUGAUGCCAUUCCUGACGAAAAUAAACUCCACCACCAUGAAGACAUAUGCCACAAGAACACUCAUCUUGCUUCAAGAAGAUGGGACAUUGAAGCCACUGGCUAUAGAGUUAAGCUUACCACACCCACAGGGGUAUAAACAUGGUGCUGUUAGCAAAGUUUUCACUCCAGCAGAAAAUGGCACUGAAGGCGCCGUGUGGCAGCUGGCGAAAGCUUAUGCUGCUGUAAAUGAUUCUGGCUACCAUCAGCUUAUUAGCCACUGGUUGAACACUCAUGCUGUAAUUGAGCCAUUUGUGAUUGCAACAAAUAGACAGUUGAGUGUGCUUCACCCAAUAUAUAAGCUUUUACAACCCCACUUCCGCGACACAAUGAACAUAAAUGCACUGGCUAGACAGACCCUCAUCAAUGCUGGUGGGGUGCUUGAGAGAACAGUCUUCCCAGCUAAAUUUGCCAUGGAAAUGUCAGCUGCCCUUUAUAAGAACUGGGUAUUUACCGAUCAGGCACUACCUGUUGAUCUUGUUAAGAGAGGAGUGGCGGUUCCAGACUCUAGCAGCCCUCAUGGCUUGAGACUUUUGAUUGAAGAUUAUCCAUUUGCCACUGAUGGACUAGAAAUCUGGUCAGCAAUUGAAACUUGGGUGGCUGAAUAUUGCUCUUUCUACUACCCAAGAGAUGAUGUGGUCCAGGACGAUACCGAACUCCAGUCAUGGUGGACAGAAAUCCGAAAUGUUGGUCAUGGUGACAGGAAAGAUGAACCAUGGUGGCCAACCAUGCAGACACAAGCAGAGCUUAUCCAAGUAUGCACUAUAAUCAUAUGGGUGGCUUCAGCCCUCCAUGCUGCCGUGAAUUUUGGGCAAUAUCCUUAUGCUGGCUAUCUUCCAAACCGUCCAACAGUAAGUCGCCGCUUCAUGCCUGAGCCAGGCACUCCUGAAUAUGCUGAGCUUGAGUCAGAUCCUGAUAGAGCCUUCCUGAAAACCAUUACAGCCCAGUUCCAAACCCUCCUUGGUGUAUCACUGAUAGAGAUUUUAUCCCGGCAUUCAACUGAUGAGAUUUAUCUUGGACAGAGAGAUACUCCUGAAUGGACUUCAGAUGGUGAACCAAUAGCGGCAUUUGAGAGAUUUGGAAAGAAGCUGAUAGAAAUUGAAAACAGAAUUACUGAAAUGAAUAAGGAUAAGAAAUGGAAGAAUAGAGUUGGGCCUGUCAAUGUACCUUACACAUUGCUCUAUCCUAACACCUCAGAUUACUCUAGAGAGGGUGGACUCACUGGCAAAGGAAUUCCAAACAGCAUCUCAAUCUGAACUUUCCUCUUGAUUUUUUUUUUUUUUUUGAUUUUUUUUUCUGUAUAAUAGUGAGCUUUUUGGGAUGGUAAUCAGUAAGUUUGUGCUAUUUGAGUAAAUUGUCUAGAUUGUAGCCCUUUAAUUGCGUAUUUUCACCUUUUAUUGGUAAUGCAAGUUAUUGUGCAGAUUUAAAAAUACUAAUUCCAAUAUCAACUACUUGUGGAUA